AUGUUCGUACAAGCUCCACAGAUCAUCAAACAAAGAUCGGAUAACUCCGAAGAUGAUAGUGAUGAGGAAGGUCCUGAAGAUAUUCUCCAGAAACGACGGGAAGAAUGCGAGAGAAAGGCCAGACGAGGAGAAAUGGAUCCUCGUUUAGAGUUCGCUUUUCAACUCUUAAUGGAUGCAACGCAAUUAUCGCGUCACGAAGUCAUGGACCAUGUCUUUGAGGAUGACAUGUUGGACGAAAUCAAUCAGUUGUUUGUGCCGCACAUGAGAUCUACUCUUGUCUGGUACUAUCAGGAGGUUGAAGAAUCAGAGCCUCCAGCUGAAACGGUGCAGCCAAAGACUGUUACUUCUAGAUCAGCCCCAAAUGCAACGGCAUCAAAAGUAAAGGAACAAAAAGAAUCAAAGGAGUCAGCAAAGAAGAAACUUUUUCUAACCGAUGGCUGGCAAGUGCCUUGCACAGGCAUCUGUAUUUAUAUGUUUAGAAUCAGUGUGUCUAAACAAUUACCAGAAGAAGGAUUUCAAAAGGAUCUUUACACGGGUGUGAUAGAUACAAUGAAAGUAGGAAUAAUAACUUCUGUUCAGCGAAUUGUUGAGCAAGUAUUCAUGGAUGCGUUGGCGCAUCCUGGUAUAGAAGGUGAAGAUAAUUGUUCAAUGAUUAAAAGUCUCCUGUUACCAGGCUUAAGAUCUUUUUGCAGCGCUCUUAAAGUUUGCGAAAAGGUAGCACUUGAUGGUGGUAUAUUCAACGAUGGCGAGCAAAUGAUGCUGGAAGUGCACAACUUUGAAGAAGCAAAGGCUUUUAUAGCGAAAGAAAAUGCUGUGGAACGAAUUGAAGAAAGAGUAAAACUUUGGAUAAAAAAACUUAAAGAUUUUAUGGUGGAAAGUAAACAAGUUAAAAGAGAGAAUGAUAUCUCUGGACCGCAGCAAGAACUCGAGUAUUGGAAACGGCGGGGGGCACAAUUUAGUCAACUGGUCAACCGUUUAAAGGAUCACGAAAUUACUAUGUCACUUUUAUGUCUACAAGUCGCACGUUCAAAGUUAAUUAAAGAUUGGGUCGAUGCGGAAGAUGAAGUGACUUACUGUUACAAUGAAGCGAAAGAUAAUGCAAAGUUCAUCCAAGCAUUAGAGAAGUGCUGUCAUUGUCUUUACCUCGAUGAUCCUGUAAAAAUGCGAGAUUCGCUCGUAUCGUUGUUACAGACUGUUCGAUUAAUAUAUAGUGUCUCGAGAUAUUAUAAUACUUCAGAAAGGACAAGUUCUCUAAUGAUUAAAAUUACGAAUCAGAUGAUUGUUGCCUGUCGAGAUUACGUCACGAAAAGAGGUCGAGAAGUUAUUUGGGGACAAGAUCGAGCAGCCGUUCGGUCAAGAUUAAAACACUGUCUACGUCUAAAUAAAGCUUAUAGAGAAACGUACAGACUAGUUCGAUGUUCACCAGCAGUUACGGAACAAGAAUUUUCCUUCUCAGAAACUCAUGUUUUUGGUCGAUUUGAUGCUUUCUGUGCUAGAAUUCGCAAAAUUCUCACUAUGUUUGAUCUCAUACAAGAUUAUCAAACUCUCUUUGAAAGACGAAUGGAAGGAUUGCUUCUUGGAGAAGCGUUAGAUGAAGCCAUGAAAACAUUUGAAGAAGCUAAAAAGAUUGCGACUAGCAAAUCUUAUGAUUAUCUGGAUCCAAGAAAUACUGAUUUUGAUAUAGAUUAUGAUGACUUUAUGGCAAAGACAAAUAUGUUGAAAGAGAGCAUCGGCGAAAUUAUUGAAAAAAAUUAUGCCGAUGUAUGGGAAACACCACAAGGUAUACGGUUUUUAACGCGAUUUGAAAAGGUCAGUGAAAAAAUACCUCUUACAAAAUUGGAGGAAAAAUAUAACAUUGUUGUAAAGUAUUGCGAUAAAGAGAUCGAUCGAAUUUUAAAACUAUUCAAACGACAAAGAGACGAUCCUCCAUUGCCGAGACACAUGCCGCCUAUAGCUGGACGAUUGACUUGGGCAAAUUCUUUGAAAGUGCAUCUGGACGAAUUAACGGCAUCUGUGUCAAAUCAUCCUGUUCUAAAAACGUUACCAUUAACUGCUGAUUUGGUGAAAAGAUAUAAUCAUGUAAUUGCUAUUCUGAAACAAUAUCAAACCGAUAUUGCUGAGAUUUGGACGCAUCAAAAUUCUUGGGUCAUCGAGGAUUGUUUAAAACGACCGUUGCUUGUAGUCGACGAGAAAUCAGCAAAAGUGAAAGUCAACCUGGAAAACCGAGUCGUUCUUCUAUUUCGUGAAGCCGAUUGUUUAGCAAAAAUAAAUUUGGAGAUUCCAAUUGUUGCACUAACAAUAUUAGCAAAAAAAGAUUAUUUUACUUUAGUCACGGAUUCGCUCCAGCUUAUAAUCGAAGAAUUUGUUUGUACUGCAAAACGUGUGAAACUAGAAGUUCGCCCAUUAUUGUUACCGCAUUUAGUUUGCGUUGCAUCUUUAUUAGAACCCGGUUUAACAACCUUGACCUGGACCAAGCCAGAUUGGAAAGAUUUUUGCCACAAUACGAAAGAGAAGAUCAAAAGUUUUGAUAUUCUUAUCACAAGAGUUCACGACGUAUACGAUAAUAGGAUUUUGCAGGUGUUGGCAAGUAUGCGCAAAAUAACUUUGCAUGCUCUACCAGAAUCCGAUCAACCAUGGACAAUAGAGGAAUUCAUAGAGAAGAACGAGGAAAUAUGUAGAAAUGCAGCAGUAGAUUUGCAUCGUAAAAGUACAAUGGUCGAAGAAGCAGUGGAAGAAGUAUUGCAGCUUGUCAGAAAGGCUACAGAUAACUUCAAAAGUAAUUCCAAUCAAUUUGAUUUUCUUACUAGAGCGGAAGGAGAAGAAGCAACAGAACAAACAGGUCAACAAGAUUGGUCCGUGGUAUGGAAUUAUUUCGAUGAUCCUCAUCAAUUAUUAACCACACCCGGUACUUUACCUAAAGGCAUGCAAGAAAUGGUUCGAAAUGCGGUAUCCGAAAUGAGACGAUAUUAUUCUAGAAAAAUCGUGGAUGUAUUAAUAAAGGUCACCAGAGUAUCUCUAGAUGCGAUCAGGAAACGAUUCAUUCGAGAACUUGAUUCAGAAACAACUCCGAAUCCGGUGUUUUUAUUACAUGCAACACUGAUGAUUCCGGCAGUAACAGUCAAGCCUAGCCUGGAUGAUGUUCAAGAAGCAUUGACAUCAGUUGGAAAAGUUAUCACGGGUGUUGCGAAAGGAGUGGCGCAGUGGAAUUCCAGAGGAAACAAGAGCAUAUGGAAAAAUCUUCCCUACCCAUCCAAACGAAAUCUAGCUAAUGUCGUGUUGCGAGCACAUAGUAAUGCUGCGAAGCAGAAAGAAGAACCGGAAGAUAUGAAAACCAGAAGGCGAAGACUUUAUAAAAUUCUCUCUGAAGAGAGACCUGUAUUUCCAGUUCAAGAAAGAAACUUCUACACGAUGGUGAUGGAUAAUAAGGAAAUCAUCAAACUACUCGGCAUGUUGAGCACUUGCACAAUGGAAUUGCGGCAAGAUUUAACAGAAUUUCUCGAUCGUUGGAAACCUUACAAGUUUCUGUGGAAAAAUGAACGCAGUAUACGAGAAUUGUUACAAAUCUCCUUGUCAGAAUUUGAAACUACUCUUCGCAAGCACAGUGAACUUGAAGAUCGAUUGGCCACUGAGCCAGAUAUGAUCAUAUUUGGUACAUCGAUUGCUGUGUCGACGGAAAAACUGAAAUAUGGUGUUUAUACAGAAAUCAAAGGUUGCACACAUAAAAUUGGUCAAGCAAUGAAAAAGAAGUAUCGUCGUGAAAUGGAAUACGUUUAUGCAUUAAUGAACGAAAUGGAUCGUAAAUUAGAUCAUCAAAUUCGCGAUCUGGAUGACGUACGUCUCAUUAUGGAUACCCUAAAAAAGAUUCGCGAACAAGAGGUCGACAUGGAACUGAAAAUUGAUCCCAUUGAAGAGGCUUUUAAUAUAGUUACAAGGUAUGAGGUACCUGUAGACCAGGAAUGCUUGGAGCAGGUAGAUAAUCUGAGAGAUACCUGGCAAAAACUGUUGGCACGAGCGCAAGAAAGUCAUGUCUUGCUAUUGAAUUUGCAACCACAAUUUGAGAACGAUUUAAGAAAUAAUCUGGAGAAAUUCCGUGCCGAUAACGAAAUGUAUUGCGAAGAAUACAGAUUAUCUGGGCCGAUGCAGCCAGGUUUGAGCCCCCGUGAUGCUUCAGACAGACAAAUAUUGUUCCAGAACAGGUUUGAUGGUAUGUGGCGAAAAUUGCAAACAUACCAAAGCGGCGAAGAGCUUUUUGGUUUGCCUAUCACAGAUUAUCCAGAGCUUUCGCAAAUCAGGAAAGAAUUGAAUUUAUUGCAAAAGUUGUACAAACUUUAUAACGAUGUCAUCGACAGAGUCAGCAGCUAUUAUGAUAUUCCAUGGGGCGAGGUAAAUAUUGAAGAAAUAAACAAUGAGCUAAUGGAGUUUCAAAAUCGCUGUCGCAAAUUACCAAAAGGAUUAAAAGAAUGGCCAGCGUUCUUUGCGCUUAAAAAGACAAUCGAUGAUUUCAACGAUAUGUGUCCUCUUCUCGAGUUGAUGGCAAAUAAAGCAAUGAAACCGCGCCACUGGCAAAGAAUUGUAGAAGUUACAGGAUAUUCAUUCGAUCUUGAAAGCGAAGGUUUCUGCCUUAAAAAUAUUCUUGAAGCGCCGCUCUUGAAGAACAAAGAAGACAUCGAAGAUAUUUGUAUAUCAGCUAUGAAGGAGAAAGAUAUCGAGGCUAAAUUAAGGACAGUAGUAAACGAAUGGUCAUCUCACGAGUUGACUUUCAUGACAUUCAAUAACAGGGGAGAAUUAUUACUUAGAGGAGAUACAACAGCAGAAACUAUAAGUCAGUUGGAAGACAGCUUGAUGGUUCUUGGUUCACUCAUGUCAAAUCGCUACAAUGCGCCUUUCAGAAAGCAAAUACAACAAUGGCUUAGUGAUUUAUCUAACACAAAUGAGAUCCUCGAGAGAUGGUUACUUGUACAAAACAUGUGGGUUUAUCUCGAAGCAGUAUUUGUGGGCGGUGAUAUUGCGAAACAAUUGCCAAAGGAAGCCAAAAGAUUUAGCAAGAUCGACAAAAGUUGGCAAAAAAUUAUGCAACGCGCUCACGAAACACCAGGAGUUGUACCCUGUUGUGUAGGCGAUGACUUGUUGAAGCAACUUCUGCCACAUUUGCAAGAGCAAUUAGAGCUAUGUCAAAAAUCUCUGAGUGGAUAUUUAGAGAAAAAGCGCAUGAUGUUUCCAAGGUUUUUCUUUGUUUCUGACCCUGCGCUCUUAGAAAUACUUGGCCAAGCAUCCGAUUCUCAUACCAUACAAAAUCAUCUACUAUCUAUUUUCGAUAAUACGCGUUACCUGGAAAGAGCAGUAAGAGCAGAAGGUUCUGUGGAAACAUGGUUGAUGCAAUUAUUACAAACGUCUCAACUUUCUUUGCAUUCUAUCAUCCGUCAAUGCUACAGCAUGAUUAAUGAUGCAAAUUUCAAUUUUUUGAACUUUCUGGACAAAAUGCCUGCUCAGAUAGGUUUGUUAGGCAUUCAAAUGAUUUGGACGCGAGAUGGUGAACUAGCCCUGGCUCAAGCUCGCGCCGAUAAAAAAAUUAUGACGGAAACGAACAAUAAGUUCCUUGAUCUUUUAAAUACAUUAAUCGAUCAAACCACGAGAGAUCUUACUAAAAUAGAACGAAUUAAAUUCGAAACGUUGAUUACUAUACAUGUGCACCAACGUGAUAUUUUUGAUAUUUUGUGUCGUUUGAAUGUGCGGUCCGUGAAUGAUUUCGAAUGGUUAAAGCAAUGCAGGUUUUAUUUUAAAGAAGAUUUAGACAAAACUUCUAUAUGCAUCACAGACGUUCAUUUUACCUACCAAAAUGAAUACUUAGGAUGUACCGAAAGACUUGUUAUUACACCAUUAACCGAUAGGUGUUAUAUAACAUUAGCACAAGCCUUAUCAAUGUCAAUGGGAGGCUCUCCUUGCGGUCCAGCAGGAACUGGAAAAACCGAAACUGUAAAAGACAUGGGGAAGACUUUAGCAAAAUAUGUCGUAGUUUUCAAUUGCUCUGAUCAAAUGGAUUAUCGAGGAUUAGGUCGUAUCUAUAAAGGAUUGGCACAAAGCGGUUCAUGGGGUUGUUUCGAUGAAUUUAACAGAAUUGAAUUACCAGUUCUGUCCGUUGCCGCACAACAAGUUGCCGUAGUGCUUGCCGCAAAAAAGGAAAAGAAGAAGCAGUUUAUUUUCACAGAUGGAGAUCAAGUCGAUAUGUUUCCAGAGCUUGGGAUAUUCAUUACUAUGAAUCCUGGAUAUGCAGGACGAAAAGAAUUGCCGGAGAAUUUGAAAAUACAAUUUCGCACAGUAGCUAUGAUGGUGCCUGAUCGUCAGAUUAUUAUACGUGUAAAAUUAGCUAGUUGUGGAUUUUUAGAGAAUAUUACACUUGCUCGUAAAUUUUAUACUCUUUAUAAAUUAUGCGAAGAGCAGUUGACCAAACAGGUUCACUACGAUUUCGGUCUGCGAAAUAUAUUGUCUGUGUUAAGAACUUUGGGAGCGGCGAAAAGAGUAAAUUCUAAGGACACGGAAAGUACGAUUGUCAUGCGCGUUUUAAGAGACAUGAAUCUUUCGAAGCUCAUAGAUGAGGACGAACCACUCUUCAUAUCUCUCGUAGCUGAUCUAUUUCCCAACCAAGUUCUGGAGAAAACAUCAUAUCCUGAAUUGGAAGCAGCUAUUAAUGAACAAGUAGAGCAGGCAGGUUUAAUUUAUCAUUCGCCGUGGGUGCUUAAAUUAAUACAGCUAUAUGAAACGCAAAGAGUGAGGCAUGGCAUCAUGACGUUAGGUCCGACAGGCGCUGGCAAAACUACUUGUAUACAUAUUUUGAUGAAAGCACUAACACAAUGUGGUAAUUCCCAUAGGGAAAUGAGAAUGAAUCCAAAAAGUAUAACAGCCGCUCAGAUGUUCGGCCGUUUAGAUGUUGCAACGAAUGAUUGGACAGAUGGGAUUUUCUCAGCUUUGUGGCGUAAAACAUUGAAAUUAAAGAAGGGCGAACACGUAUGGCUAGUACUUGAUGGUCCCGUUGACAGUAUUUGGAUAGAAAAUUUAAAUUCUGUAUUGGAUGAUAAUAAAACAUUAACUUUGGCUAAUGGCGAUAGGUUAUCAAUGGCGCCAACAUGUAAAAUUAUUUUUGAACCGCAUAAUAUUGAUAAUGCAAGUCCUGCGACUGUUUCGCGAAACGGUAUGGUAUAUAUGAGCUCUUCAGGAUUAGAUUGGAAUCCAGUUGUUACCGCUUGGCUAAAAUCACGAUCAACAUUGGAGCAAGAAAUUCUUGAACAAUUAUUUACAGAUUCUUUUGCACAGGUCUAUUCAUGGAGCACUCAAACGUUAUCGCUUGCUAUCGAUGUCUUGCAAUGUAAUAUAGUAAGGCAAAUGCUUUGCCUGCUGGAAGGUUUGAUACCUCCGGAGACAUUAUUAGAAGAAGCAGAGGAUGAAGAUAUGGAGAGAGACAAACCCCAGCCUUUAACGGCGGAAUAUCUAACACGUCUUUAUGUGUUCGCGUUAGUGUGGGGCAUAGGAGCAUUGCUAGAAACUGCCGAUAGACAAAAAUACGACAAGUAUCUUCGAGAAAAUUUUGAUACUCUGGAUCUUCCGAUUUCUGACAGAUAUUUGGAUGCUACAGUAUUUGACUUCUUCGUCACUGAUAAAGGCAUGUGGGAUACGUGGACAAGUAUGGUGACCAAUUAUGUCUAUCCUGAAUAUUCAACACCUGACUAUAGUAAUGUUUUGGUGCCUAUACCGGAUAAUGUCAGAAUUCAAUAUUUGAUUGAUUUGAUUGGCCGUCAGGAUAAAGCUGUGUUGUUAAUAGGCGAACAAGGAUCUGCCAAAACUGUCAUGAUGAAAUCAUAUAUGAAGAAAUCAAAUCCAGAUACAACUUUGAGUCGCUCUUUCAACUUUAGUUCUGCGACCAGUCCGUAUCAAUUUCAAAAAACCAUUGAGAGUUACGUGGAAAAGCGUUUAGGAAGUACAUUUGGACCACCAGGCGGUAAGAAGAUGUUGGUCUUUGUCGAUGACAUAAAUUUACCGCAAAUUAAUGAAUGGGGUGACCAGAUAACCAACGAGAUCGUCCGGCAGGUUAUGGAUAUGAAAGGGUUUUACUCCUUAGAGAAACCCGGUGACUUCACCGCCAUUGUGGAUGUAACUUUCUUAGCCGCUAUGUGUCAGCCUGGAGGCGGAAGAAAUGACAUUCCCUCGAGACUCAAGAGACAAUUUUGUAUUUUUAAUUGCACGUUACCUGACAACGCAUCAAUCGAUCGAAUUUUUAGCGCUUUAGGUGAAGGACAUUACAAUAUUAAAAGAGGAUUUUCUCAAGAAGUCCGUCAGCUGGUUAAGAAAAUGAUUCCUUUGACUAGAAUAUUGUGGGAAAAAACACGCGCAAAACUGUUGCCAACACCUGCGAAGUUUCACUAUGUAUUUAGUCUCCGAGAUCUUUCAAGAAUUUGGCAAGGCAUGGUCGGUACGUUGUCUACGGUCAUUGAUAAGGAAAGCGUAUUAAUGCUGCUUUGGAAGCACGAAUGUACGCGAGUGUUCAGCGAUAGACUUACAAUACAAAGCGAUAAAGAUUGGUUUGAUGAAGGUCUAAUUAGUGUUGUAGCUGAUAUUUUAGGAAAAAAAUACGUAAACAUGCUAAAUCAAGAUCCUACUUUCGUCGAUUUCAUGAGAGAUGCUCCAGAACCAACCGGUGAAGAAGGUGAAGAUGCAGACGUAGAACUUCCUAAAGUAUAUGAACCUGUGUAUGAUCCUCAAGUGUUAAGAGAGAGAUUAGACAUGUUUCUGGCACAGUUCAACGAAAUGCAGAGAGGCGCUGGAAUGGAUUUAGUAUUUUUCCCUGACGCUAUGCUACACUUAGUAAAGAUAUCUAGAGUUAUUAGGCAUCCAAAAGGCAACGUGAUGCUAGUAGGUGUUGGCGGUUCUGGCAAACAAAGUCUUACAAAGUUAUCCUCUUUUAUUGCCGGGUACAAGACGUUUCAAAUCACCUUGACUAGAUCUUAUAACGUGGCCAAUUUCUUAGAAGACCUGAGAUUUUUGUAUCGCACUUGCGGCACUCAAGGCAAAGGUACAACAUUUAUCUUCACUGAUCUCGAUAUCAAAGAGGAAGGUUUCCUUGAAUAUCUAAACAAUAUCUUGAGUUCCGGAGUUAUUAGCAAUUUAUUUACGCGUGACGAGCAAGCGGAAAUCAUCUCAGAGUUAACACCUAUUUUAAGAAGAGAAAAUCCUAAAAGAACUCUUAAUAAUGAAUUAGUGAUGGACUUCUUUUUACAAAGAACUUGUCAAAAUUUACAUGUUGUUUUCUGCUUCUCUCCUGUGGGUGAAAAGUUCCGGAAUCGCGCUCAGCGUUUUCCGGCACUUAUUUCAGGUUGCACUAUAGACUGGUUCCAACCUUGGCCUAAGGAUGCCCUGAUUUUGGUUGCUGAACAUUUUCUUCACGAUUUUGAAAUCGCUUGCACUAGUGACGUGAAAGUUGAACUAGUAAAUGCAUUAGGAUCCAUACAAGAUAUCGUUUCAGAAACAUCAAUCGAAUAUUUCCAAAGGUUUCGGCGCGCUACCCAUGUUACACCAAAGUCUUAUUUAAAUUUCAUCAGUGGAUACAAAAAUAUUUAUCGAUCUAAACAACAUGAACUUGGUGAAGGAGCUAAAAGAAUGGAUACAGGUUUAGCAAAACUCGAAGAGGCAUCGAUAUCAGUUGAAAUCUUAAAAAGAGACUUAGCCUUAAUGGAACAAGAAUUAGUCCAGGCUUCCGAGAAAGCCGAGACAGUACUUUUAGAAGUGACAGAGAGAGCAAUGCAAGCUGAAGCUUUUAAGAACCAAGUGCAAAAAGUUAAGGAAAAAGCGGAGCAAUUGGUAGCUUGUAUAGCUGAUGAAAAAGCACUGGCUGAACAAAAGUUAGAGGCAGCGAAACCAGCAUUAGAAGAAGCGGAAGCUGCUCUGAAUACCAUCAAACCUGCUCAUAUAGCAACAGUGAGAAAGCUGGGUAGACCACCUCAUCUUAUAAUGAGAAUUAUGGAUUGUGUAUUGAUUUUGUUCCAACGGAAAAUCGGAUCCGUUGUGCCUGACACAACUGCACCGUGUCCUAAACCUUCGUGGGCAGAAUCUUUGAAACUAAUGGCUAGUACGACGUUUUUAUUACAACUACAAAAUUAUCCAAAAGAUAUAAUCAAUAAUGAAAUGGUUGAGCUGCUACAACCGUACUUCAAAAUGGAGGAUUACAAUAUGGAAACAGCCAGGCGUGUAUGCGGCGACGUUGCUGGUCUAUUAUCGUGGACAAAAGCUAUGGCAUUCUUUCAUUCUGUUAACAAAGAGGUUCUUCCUUUAAAAGCUAACUUAGCACUGCAAGAAGCACGAUUAAAACUCGCAAUGGAGGAUUUGGCGAAUGCUGAGCGGGAAUUAUCCGAAAGAGAAAUGGCUUUGCAGACAGUUAAAGAGCAAUACGAUAGCGCGGUAGCGGAGAAGCAAAGGUUGACAGAAGCUGCAAAUGUGUGUUUAAGAAAAAUGACAGCUGCGACUGCUUUGAUAAAUGGAUUAGGCGGUGAAAAGAUUCGAUGGACCGAGCAAAGUGGAGAAUUUAAGAUUCAACUGGGACGAUUAGUCGGAGACGUUCUGUUGGCAACUGGAUUUUUGUCAUAUUGUGGACCUUAUAAUCAACAGUAUCGAGCCAGCUUAGUGACUGCGUGGAUGAAUAUACUGACUAACAAAUCCAUACCUUUCACUAAAAAUUUAAACAUAACGAAUAUGCUCGUUGACACAGCAACAAUGUCAGAAUGGACUCUUCAAGGAUUACCAAACGACGAGUUAUCUGUUCAAAAUGCGCUUAUUGUCACGAAAUCUUCGUCUUAUCCGCUUCUUGUGGAUCCUCAAAAUCAAGGAAAAAUGUGGAUCAAGAAUAAGGAGAGCACAAACGAGUUGCAAAUUACUUCGCUAAAUCAUAAGUAUUUCCGAACUCAUCUUGAGGAUAGUCUUUCGUUAGGUAGACCACUAUUGAUCGAGGACGUCGCAGAAGAACUUGAUCCGGUACUCGAUAAUGUACUUGAAAAGAACUUCAUUAAAUCAGGAUCUAUUGAGAAGGUCGUCGUUGGAGAUAAAGAAUGUGAUGUUAUGCCAGGAUUCAUGCUAUAUAUUACUACCAAGUUACCAAAUCCAGCAUACAGCCCAGAAAUAUCCGCAAAGACAUCGAUUAUUGACUUUACCGUGACAAUGUUAGGUUUAGAAGAUCAAUUGUUAGGUCGAGUGAUACUUAUGGAGAAAGCCGAUUUAGAAGCGGAAAGAGUCGCUCUAUUCGAAUCAGUCUUGACCAAUCAGCGUUCGAUGAAGGAACUCGAAAGUACACUGUUACAUAGACUUACAUCUUCAGAAGGUUCUUUAGUAGACGAUGAAGCUUUAAUAACUGUUCUUCGAGAAACCAAAACUACGGCCGAAUCAGUAAAUGAAAAGCUGCAAGUAUCCGCUCUUACUGAGAAAAAAAUCACCUUGGCACGCGAAGAGUUUCGUGCAGUUGCGUCAAGAGGAUCCAUUUUGUAUUUUUUGAUAGUCGAAAUGAGCAAUGUCAAUGUGAUGUAUCAAAAUUCGUUAAGACAAUUCUUGACAAUCUUUGAUAAUUCAAUUACAAAAUCUACGAAGAGUCCUAUAACUUCUGAGCGGAUAAACAUUAUUCUACGCCAUCUCACGUAUGAAGUUUGGGCGUUUACUCUGAGAAGUCUUUAUGAGAGGCAUAAAUCUUUAUUUACAUUGAUGCUAGGUAUGAAGAUAGAUUGUCAUAGAAGCGCUAUUUCGCAUGCAGAAUUCAAUGCCUUUAUAAAAGGUGGAGCAUCCUUAGAUCUUAAUGCAGUAACACCAAAACCGUUUAAAUGGAUACUUGAUAUAACGUGGCUAAAUUUAGUCGAAAUAAGCAGACUAGAUGCAUUCUCAGAUAUACUAACCAAAAUUGAGUUCAAUGAAAAGGAAUGGAGAGUAUGGUACGAAAAAGAGAAACCAGAGGAAGAAGAUUUACCUUGCGGCUAUCAAAAAAGUCUUGACGUGUUCCGAAAAUUAUUGCUUAUUAGGUCAUGGAGCCCGGACAGAACUUUAUCCCAGGCGAGAAAGUAUAUCACUGAAUCCUUGGGUAAAGAAUACGGAGAGGCUAAAAUAUUAGAUUUAGAAGCAACGUGGUUAGAAUCUGAAACUAGAACUCCACUGAUAUGCUUAUUGUCUAUAGGAUCCGAUCCGAGUCCUCAAAUUACAGCAUUAGCUAAACAAAAAACGAUUUCAUUAAAUUCAGUAUCUAUGGGGCAAGGCCAAGAGCUCCAUGCUCGAAGAAUGAUUAGCGAAGCUAUGAGUACGGGUGGCUGGGUUCUGUUACAAAAUAUUCAUUUGUCAUUGCCGUUUUGUACGGAAGUAAUGGAUGCUCUUGUUGAAACGGAAACUGUUCACGAAGUAUUCAGAUUAUGGAUGACAACUGAAGUACACCCUCAAUUUCCCAUCGGUUUGCUACAGAUGGCAAUCAAAUUCACAAAUGAACCACCUCAAGGCAUAAGAGCUAGUUUGAAAAGAACUUAUCAAGCAGUGACUCAAGAUGCAUUGGAUUACAGUACUCAAUCGCAGUGGCCGCCCUUGUUAUACGCUGUUGCAUUUUUACAUACUGUAGUACAAGAGAGAAGAAAAUUUGGACCGCUCGGUUGGAAUAUACCUUAUGAAUUUAAUCAAGCAGAUUUUGCAGCAUCGGUUCAGUUCAUACAGAAUCACUUGGACGAUAUGGAUCCUAAAAAGGGUGUUUCCUGGCCGACGGUCUGCUAUAUGCUUGGAGAGGUCCAAUAUGGCGGUAGAGUUACAGACGAUUUUGACAAACGUUUAUUAACUACUUUCACCUAUGUCUGGUUUUGCGACGUGUUGUUACGACCCGGCUUUGAAUUUUAUCGAGGAUAUAGAGUGCCUCAAACCAGAAAUCUUCAGGGAUAUCUAGACUACAUUGAUAGUUUACCUGCGACCGACACACCAGAAGUCUUUGGACUACAUCCAAACGCCGACAUUACUUAUCAGAUUAAUACAGCAAAAGGAAUACUUGAUACAAUUCUUAAUGUACAACCGAAAGAGGGUGGUGCACAAGGAGGUGAAACUAGAGAAAACGUCGUGUAUAAAUUAGCCACUGAUAUGCUAUCUAAAUUGCCUAAGCAAUACAAUUCCUUUGAAGUAAAAGAAGCGCUUCAAAGAAUGGGUCCAUUAUUACCUAUGAACAUUUUUCUAAGACAAGAAAUAGACCGAAUUUCGCGAGUCAUCAAAGAAGUACAAAGUACUUUAACGGAUUUAAAGCUGGCCAUCGAAGGUACCAUAAUAAUGAGUCAAGGCUUACGAAAAUCAUUAGAUGCGAUGUAUGACGCACGUAUCCCGGAUAAAUGGUUAAAAAUAUCUUGGGAAUCGGCAACUUUAGGUUUCUGGUAUACGGAGCUUUUAGAAAGAGACCAUCAGUUCAGACAAUGGUGCAUUCAUGGUCGUCCAAGAGUAUUUUGGAUGACCGGAUUUUUUAAUCCACAAGGAUUUUUAACGGCCAUGAGACAGGAAGUAACCAGAGCGCAUAAGGGUUGGGCUUUAGAUUCCGUAGUUUUGCAAAACGUGAUUACGCGUUAUAAUAAAGAGGACAUUAAAAGUCAGCCUCAAGAAGGAGUUUACGUUCACGGUUUAUUUCUGGAAGGAGCGUCGCUUGAUAGAAAGGCUGGCAAACUCGUUGAGAGUAGACCAAAAGUUCUUUACGAACAAAUGAAGCCUCAAAGAACAGACGCAAAAUAUGUGGGUUCUAUCGACUUUGAAACAGAUUAUAAUCCCCGACACUGGACACUUCGAGGUGUAGCAUUGUUAUGUGAUAUUAAAUAA